AUUGCUGACUGAGACUUUUAUUUCAUGAUUUUAUAGAGAUUGCUUUACAAUAUUUCUACUUGUUUCCCGGAUAACAGUUCCCUGAAUUAAUACAUUUAAACGAUUACACUUUGUAGUGUAUAAAUGUAUCGAAUUAAACGAACAGUGUUCCGGGAUUUGAAUGAAACUCAAUGGUGCGUUUGUCUUUCUGAGCGCCCAAGCGCCCCUUUAGGAGGACAAGUUUGCGUCUCAUAAUGAACACUAACAGAUGCCAGCUGAUGCUCACACCUCACCUCAAACACUGCGGCAUCAUCCUACAAUCUCUCUCUCUCUCUCUGACACAUUUCUGCGAGUGAGUGUUUAAAAAGACGCGGAUCUAGUAGCCGUGGGUUAUUCUCAGUUCGCUUCAUACUGCAUGACCAUCACAAAGAUGACAUGGCGUCCUCAGUACCGUAGUUCCAAGUAUCGCCAUGUGUUUGGGAAGCCGGCCACAAAAGAGAACUGCUAUGAUGGUGUCCCCAUCACCCGGAGUGUUCAUGACAAUCACCUCUGCACCGUCAACCCUCGCUUCAUCGCCGUCAUCACUGAAUGUGCAGGGGGUGGGGCCUUCCUGGUACUGUCCAUCAAUCACACUGGCAAGGUUGACCCUCAUCAUCCGAAGGUUUCUGGUCACAGAGGCAAUGUACUUGACAUCAAAUGGAAUCCCUUUAAUGACUUCUGCAUAGCAUCUUGUUCAGAGGACACCACAGUAAAGAUCUGGGAUAUCCCUGAACAUGGUGUUUUGAAGAACAUCAUAGUGCCUCGGAAGGAGCUGCAGGGUCAUUCACGACGUGUCGGACUCAUUGAAUGGCAUCCCACUGCCAACAACAUCAUUUUCAGUACUGGCUACGACUACCAGGUUAUGGUGUGGAAGCUCGAUGUUCCUGAGCAGGUGAUCAAGAACCCUGUGCGGUCCAUCAGUGUGCACUCAGAUGUGGUUCUGUCCAUGUCCUUCAACACAGACGGCAGCAGGCUCGCCACCUCUUGUAAGGACAAGAAGAUCAGAGUGAUUGACCCACGUACUGGCACCCUUUUACAGGAGACCAACUGCAAAUCACACAAAGCCAGUAAAGUGCUAUUUCUUGGAAACCUGAAAAUGCUCCUCUCCACGGGCAAUUCACGCUGGAACCAUCGUCAGAUUGCACUUUGGGAUCAGGAGGACCUCUCUCAGCCAUCUUAUUCAGAGGACUUGGACGGCUCCUCUGGCGUUCUCUUCCCGUUUUAUGACCCUGACACACACAUGCUUUACAUAGCUGGAAAAGGUGAUGGAAAUAUCAGAUACUAUGAAAUCAGUCCAGAGAAGCCAUAUGUGCACUAUUUGACUGAAUACCGGUCUCUUCUACCACAGAAGGGAAUGAGUGUCAUGCCAAAGAGAGGUCUUGAUGUGUGUUCCUGUGAAAUCUUCAGAUUCUACAAGCUAGUGACAAUCAAAAGUCUCAUAGAACCUCUAUCCAUGAUUGUUCCACGAAGGUCAGAGUCCUAUCAAGAGGACAUUUACCCCAUGACAGCUGGGAACAAGCCUUCCAUGACAGCAGAUGAGUGGAUCGGUGGUCUAGACAAAGGUCCGGUGAUGAUGUCUCUGAGGCCUGGAAGUAAACUGGAUUCAUAUGUGGAACUGGGCUCAGGGAAAGACCCAACAGACUCGAUGGAGACACAGCAUUCUUGCAGUCGGCCAGGACUAUCACUGCUGAUUCAGGAACGGCUGGAUGCCAAAGAAGGGAACGCACGCAAAGAAUCCCCCCCUACCUCGCUUUUCCCAUCCACAGAUGAAAAGAGCAGCUCUACAAGCUACGUCAGCAAUGGACAACUAGAUUCCACACGCUGCUCGCCACCAAAAACAGAGAAUGAGCUACGACAAUUGUUUUAUAAGCAGCAGGAAGAGAUCCGAAGGCUGAAGGAGCAGCUUAACCAGAAGGAUGUGCGGAUUAAACAGUUGGAACUGGAGAUCAAAAAUGUGAGAAACUCACAAGCCAAUCUUUAAAAGAAACUGUAGUACAUCACACUGUCAAAAGUCUUGUCUGCUUCACUAACAUUCACAUAAAAAAAUGUUCUGCCUCAUGAAUUAUGCUGUAAAGGUGUGGUUACAUUUACAGAAGUCCAGUCAUUUCUAGAGGAAUCCUUGCGAUCGGGAGUUUUGUUUGACGGCAAAACAGUUCAGUCCUCAGAGAUUUUGUUUGUGUUCAAGUUGGUCACACGAAUUUGAGCCAUUGACCAAUAGAAAGCUGCUUGGAUUGAAAGUGACUCUGUGCUUCAUGAAUCGCGACACUUCUGACAAUGGACAAUAGACCUUUUUGCCCACGAAAUUUCGCUAAUGCGACCGCGCCUUGAGGAAACACACGGGCUACAUCUCUUUAUGGAAAGUCAUUCCUUGUAUGCACGUUUUGUGCACAAAUAUACUGUACAACCUUCAUGGAAAUUUUUAGUAGACUUUAGCACUAUGCAAACUUUUUUUUAGCUUGUGAUCGGACUUGUUUAAAUGUUUUGUUUGUUUGUUUUAUUACUAUUUUAAAAAAUGGCGUAAAUGAGCAUAUGUGUGUUUUGUUUUAUAAAUUAGGUUAUUUGAGAUUUAGCUUGAAUAUAAUUGUAAUGAGAUUUUUUUUCAGAUUAAUUUUCUAUUUAAAUUUCUGUGCAAAUGGAUGAGUGAUGUGGGAUGAAAGUUUGAUAAUAAUUAUGCAAAUGCAACAUUUUUAGAACAAAGGGAGGUAAAUUUGAAAAUGUAAUACACAUGUGCAUUAUCAUGUUAUGUUUAAGAUAUUUACUUUUUUGUGUGUUCAAAUGCUGAUAAAAGAGUUUACCAAAUCCCAGCAUGCACUGAAGUGGUAGCAUUGUGGGAACUGGCUGGGGUUCACACAAUAUCUAAGGAAAGUCAGGUUUAGGUUCAGUAAUUCCUUCUGGCCAUCCAAAAUCCCAUUCUGCAACAUGCUUGCUAUGAACUGCCAAACUGUUCAAAAUGCAUGAAAGUACCACCACAUUUUAUUGGUUUACCGUGUUUAACUAAAAAUAGUCAUCCAUUAGGAGCCUUUCACAAAUUUGAACAAGCCAUAAUUUUUACAAAUUAUUUUAAUAAUGUUCUGUUUAUAUAUGGAUCUGUAUAUGCACAUGUCAGAAUAUAUAAUCGAAUAAGAGGGUAAACAUGCUAUUUUAAGUGUUGUUGCUGAAAUAUUUCAAGAUAUUUACUAAAUGUUGUCCAAACAACCUUGAUUGCAGUCUUUUCUUUUUUAAUCCUAAACUAAAAUAAAUACAAUAAUUUGGGCUAUCAGAUAAAAUAGCCAAAUAAAGAGGCUUUUGGAGACUCAAUAAGGCAUUCACCACAAAUAAAUGUUUGUCACAACUAUACUUGACAUAUAGGUUUCAUUUAACAUUAGUUAAUAUGAACUAACAAUAAACAAGACUUCUACAUUAUUUAUUAUGCUGUUGUGUUACAGAAAAACGUAAGAUGAUUUAAAAAUAUGAAAUCUAGAAAAGUAAUGCGUGAUGGAUAAAACUUUGAUGAUCUUUAUAAGAACUGACAAAACAAUUCUAUUUCAUGAAAGAGAAUUUGGUUGCUGCCUUCUAGUUUAAUCUAAAAUGGGCCACUUUAUUAAAUGACAUAUAUUUUCAUAAUUUCUUUUAAGACUAGUCAAAUAACUUCGAAAGAAUCCAGAUUUAAGCCUGGAUAUGAAGUCAGAUUCCAAAAAUGAAGUACUUGUAAUUAGAGUAAGUUACAUUUUAAAAUACUUGUAAUCAGACUACAGUUACUUUUUUAUGGAUUACAUGAUUACAUAUUAUUCAAACAAUAGCAAUAACGUAUUCAUAAUUAAUCGAUUCUCCCUAAUUUCUCUUUUUCAUCUUUUAAAUUUUCCUUUCUAAAAUAGCCUACCGAUUAUAUACAUAUUAUAUAUGUAUAUAUAGUCCAGUUUUGUGGACAUUCACACAAAGAUCAGUCAUUAGUCAGGUGGCGACUGCAUUUGACCACUGGAUUUACAAAAAUCAUUUCAGGUUUAAGAAGUGUUUCAAUAUUGCAUCAACUAGGCUACUGAUGAACACAUUCAUUUUUAUUUGAAUUAUUACUCUGUAGGUUUUUUAACCAUGUAUUAUUAAUUAUAAUUAACCAAAUGCACAUAUUCACGUUAUUUCUUGGUUACAUGUAAUGCAGGCAUUCCAAAACUUUUUUUCAUCUAAACCUUAUUCACCAAAUAUAUUUGCUUUAAGUACCCCUUAGAUUUUAAAAUAAAUAUUUCAAUAAUUAAGUAACACAUUUGCAUGCUCACGGUUUCUUUGAUGUUGAUUAAUGAUCACACUGCAUGCAGGUAAAUAAAAAUAUUUCAUCUUUUUUAGUAAGUGUUGUAUUUAAAACAAACACUAUAAAAAUACAAAGACGGUUCUCUCCUAUACUUAUGAAUGGGAGAAACUGCAACGCACAAUAUUGAGGAAUAGUCCCACCUUCUAAAAGAAAGAGCCAAAUUUCCCAUAGAAACCUGACUAGACCAGCCAAUGCACAUGAGCAGUCAUAAGCACAUUAUUACUCCGCAUGUGCAUUGGCUGGUCUAGCCUGAAAAAUAAGCUUUUUAACACUAUUUGAGCAUAAGAAACAACAUUCAUGGGGCAAUUAACACGAUUUGACAUGUUAUUUAAUCGUGAGUUCAGCGAUCAGUUUUUGAGAUUUCUGGAUUCCCUCAUUCAUUAAGAUAGGACUUGUACGAGCUGCCCAGGACGUUGCAAAUAUGGCCACCGAGUGAAGAGACUUUCCUCAAAACGGAGUUUGUUUUAAAAUGAUUUAUUUUCAUUUUAAUAUUUUAUGAUUUAAUUCAUUGUCAGCUUUUCUUUAAACUCACAACUCCCCUGCAGUUCUUUUACGAACCCUAGUUUGGGAAACCUUGAUGUAAUAUAAUGUUUAAUGCACUUCAUGUUGUUAAUUACAAUGAAUGGAACAAG